ACCGCUCUUGUUCUCGGAAUAGUGUGUUUUCAGAAGAAAGGUAGCUACACGACUGUUCAAAUACGAAACCUUGAAAAUGCAUCAAGCAAAGAAGACAGCGCGCUCAAAGGCCAUCAGAGUGCUUUUCCAUGGCUUCUACACUUUUCAACUUUGUCAUUUCUCGAUAGUUUCACCCUCGAACUGUGCAACCUAUAAUUUUUACCUUUCGCAAGAUCACACGCUGCACUGCUAAUAUUCUAUUCCUUUCGUAUGACAACGUGACAAUCGGAAGUGCAUAACUUAUUCAUCGGGUAGUAAGUGUUAUUAUCAUGUCUCUUCUUCCUGACGCGUAAAAAUCAACGCGAAGAGGCAUAUGUCUCUCACGGAAGUAAUGUAAUGUGCCGAUGAUAUUAAAGAAAUAUGUUACUCGAGAGCGUCUUGUGUGAAAGAGCCGCGGUCGAAUCUGUCAAUUGACAUUUCAAUUUGAAAUCGGCCCGGUUAACUACGAGGAAGGAAUCGACAUGGAGAAAUCGCCGAACUCGGAAUUCAAAGACAUGUCCAUUUACUGGUCGGUCUUUUUCUUGAAGGCAGCCGGCGUAUGGCUGACGUCGGACGAUAAAGAGGAACGCCAUAGGAAAUACAUUUUUACGCUCAGUGGCUUCCUCCUAAUAUUCGGCAUUUACUUGAACGCCGUUGAUUGUUAUUACAGCUGGGGUGAUCUAAGCCAUUGCAUAUUCUUGAUUAAUAAUACACUGUGCAUUCUGCUUGGUACGUACAAAGUAAUAAUUUUAAGUACUCAGAGAAUGGAGUUCAGGGAGAUUGUCCUGUACGCGCAGAAGAAUUUUUGGCAUUCGAAUUACAGUGGAUACGAGAAAGAGAUUUUUAUGCAGUGUCAAAAGCUUUGCAAACUGUGGGUCCUAGGUACAGGCUUCCUUCUGCAAGCUACCAUAGUGGGCUACGCGAUUACCCCUAUCGUUUUGAAUAUAGGAAAGAACGAGUCAGACAGAGUACUUCCGUUCAACCUAUGGUCGGACUUGCCGCUGUCGCUGUCACCCUACUACGAAUUAUUAUUCAUCUCUCAGUCACCUACCAAAACGGACUUGAUCGACUGCGUGAACGAGGAUUACGUAAAGCUGAAGAAGUGCAUACGAGAUCACCAAGCGCUGAUUAAAUUCUGCGACAUGCUCGAAGGCGUUUUCUCGCUGCCGAUCCUUGGUCACAUGGUCGUCUUCAGCUUGCUUAUGUGCUUCGACACGUACGAGAUACUUCUGGCAGACGAACCCUUCACGUCGCAGUCUAUUUUCAUUUUCCAUAUGCUCGGCAGUUUCUUUCAAAUGAUUUUGUUCACGUCCAGUUGUCAGGGACUGAUCGAGGAGAGUACGAAUGUUCGCCUAGCGGCGUUAUUCAUCGGGUAG